AUGAACACAACCUACCUCAUGUACGCCGUGGUGCUUGCGGCUCUCGCGGGCGGCGUCUACUGGUACAUGUACAUGCGGAACCCCACCACGGAGGCCUACGUGCCGUACCAGACCCACCGGCAGAUGCCGGCCCCCACAAUCCCACAGAACACUCUGCGGUGCACAAAGGUCCCCGGCAGCAGGCCGUCCGACUGCCGGUACUCCACCACCGAGGUCGUGCAGCCGGCGGUCACGGGCGCGGACGCGCUCGUGGGCCAGAUGGGACACACACCCAUCGAGUACGGGUACGGCGAGCAGGCGCCCGGCGGCGGCUGCGGCGGCGGGUACGACCCGACGUGCGGCGUGCAGGACACCCAGGACAUUAUCAUUGACCGGAACCUGGUGUCGCUGCCGCGGCGCUCGCGCAACUCGGCCGUGGCCGACUUCUUCAGGGGCGACAUCCCGAUCGAGCCCAUCCACGCAAACCUCAAGGACCCCUCGUGCCCUAUCGUCUGCCGGCCGCGCGCCGACCCCACCAGGGACCUGCACGCCGGGCUCGGGAGCGUGAUCUACGAUGCGGGGCUGGACCGGGAACGCCGUGCGCUCAUUGACCGAUACGAGCAAACGUGCUAG